CUAGGAAACAUAUGAUGGGAACAGCUGCAUCAUAAAAACCUUCCCAUUGCGUGGCCAACCACAAAACGAUGGCGGCGGCGACAGAAGGCCCAUUCGUCCUCCCCGGCGAGGCAAUUGACCCCUCCCUAAUCCCAACCCACCCAAAACGGCCACUCCGCCUCGGUCCCGGCUUGCGACACAUUCCGCCCGCCGAGAUCGUGCCCACCGUCGCCGGCAAGCUAGUAAUCAACCCCGCCAAACCAUCGCUGUCGCUUGACUACAAUGGAGGUCGCUACGUCCCAGAACCCAACGACCUCGUUAUAGGCCAGGUCCACCACUCCUCGGCCGACUUCCACUUCGUCACCUUGGCGCCACACACCACCAACGCCCUACUACCCGUAUUGGCGUUCGAGGGUGCCACGCGCAAGACCCGUCCCGUCCUGCCCGCCGGCAGCCUAGUGUACGCGCGCGUCGCCUCCGCCAGCCGCCACAUGGAUGCCGAGCUCGAAUGUGUGUCGCAGACGACCGGCAAGGCGGACGGCCUGGGCCCGCUGAACCCGCCCGCUGCCGCAGCACCGGGUGCUGGUGCGGCUGCUGCUGCAUCAUCCACCGGGACCGUCUUCAAUGUUAGCCUCGGAAUGGCCAGGAGGUUACUCAUGCCCCAAGCCGAGCGGGACGCCGGGCUGGUGGUGCUAGAUGCGCUCGCAGCCGAGGGUCUGGCCUUUGAGACGGCCGUUGGGAGGAACGGAAAGGUCUGGGUCGCGAGUGAGAGCGUCCCGACCCUGGUGCUCGUGGGUAGGGCGCUGGCUGAGGUGGACGAAAAGGGUUUAAGUAUGGACGCGCAAAGAAAGCUCGUCAAGAAGCUAGUGAGGGAGAUGAGUUGAAAAAAAAAAAAAUCAAUUCCUUGGCUAGCUAAAUCCGAAUCCGAAUCCCAAAACAAAACGAGGCAGGACCUGAGUAUCUGGCGGAUAUGCCGCAACGUGACCUGAAGAUGGCGAAAGCCCAGACAUAAAACCAGCAAACCCACUUUCCUAGCUGCCCACGGCCUCUGUCCUACUCAACGACAUCCUCUGGCGCAAGAGUACACCUGGUACGCCACGUGGUAGCAGCGGCCUCGAAUUAAGCCUUUAAGAAGACUAUUUCUCCUCGAUGUGCUCCUGAG